AUGGAUGUUCCAAAAGCGUCAAGACUCUGGCUAAUCUUUGCAGUGUUGCUCUUUGAUAGUCACAGACAUUCAGUCUAUGCACAGGGUGGCGUCAUCGGAGGCGCAGGGAUUUUAGUUCAGAGAGCCGCGUUCUGUUUCAACAACAACCUGCUCUACAGAGGGUGUAAUGAGGCGUUCAGACUAAACGAGCGAGGUGAAUUCAAGGUACCACCUGAGGAAACAGACAGGUUCUGCAAUGGCCCUUGUGCCGCAGAGACAGAACUUGUGCUUACAUGUGUUAACAGUGUCAUGUCGGAUUUCGUGUUCUACAAUCGGGCUACCCCGAGAGAUAUCAGGAACACCCUCCGUGGUGGCUGCAGCUCCUCUUUCACACGAGGGAACUUCAAUGUGGGAGAUUAUGCUCAAGGACUCUUUUUUGGCAUGGCCGAGAAAAAGCUGCCUGGUGGUUUGUUCAUUGGACUAAUUCUCGGUUUGGCGCCGUUGAUCCUGUGA